AUGGCACAGGCUGCUGCUGAUGAGAAUCUUGCCAGGAACAUUUUCAGGGUAACCUUGGAAGAUGAUGUAGCAGAAAAAGAUGAUACCUAUGUGCACAGUAUUGCCCUGGGCAUGUCACAGAUGAAACUCAUGGACCAGGAUGUCAAUUCUAGAGAGCAUUCAGGUCAGCAUGAAGAGGAAGCAUGGAGAGACUAUCACAUACUCUAUCUUCUCGACUGCAAAGCCCACAACCAUGUCCGUGCAGUGACGAAUGUCAUAGAUAAGCUAGAUACGACCGGCGAUGAUGAAACACUGGCAGCACUCUCAGACGAACAUGCCUGGAUGGAGAAGACGUUGAGGGAGGUGACGAACAUGAACGUCGGAACUGACGCCUUUGUUACAGGAAACUAA